GGCCGAUCCGGGCCAUCGCGUAAACAGGCUCGGAAACAUGGCGGCGCCUGUGUACUCAGAAUCGUGCUAGAGUCCUGCUUCUAUUCAGCCAGUGCAGAGCCAUGUCCAGGCUGGCGGUGGUCUGCGGAGGCUCCAGGGGGAUCGGGGAGGCCGUGUCCCGCUUGCUGGCAGAGAGGGGCUGCAGGGUAGCUGUGGUUUCCAGGAACCAGGAUGCAGCCCAGGCUGCUGUGGCUGCCCUACACGGAGCUGACCACAAGGUCUUCAGCUGUGACGUCUCUAAGGAGCAGCAGGUGCAGGAAACCUUCGAAGCGAUCCAGAAGAUCUGCGGAAACAUCUCUUACCUUGUGAACGCCGCCGGCAUCAACAGGGAUGCGCUGCUGCUGAGGACGAAGCCUGAGGAAAUGGUGGCCGUGCUUCACACCAACCUGCUGGGCUCCAUGCUGACCUGCAGGGCGGCGCUACGGAGCAUGCUGCGCACCCAGGGAGCAGCCAUUGUUAAUAUAGGCUCGGUGGUGGGCCUGAAAGGAAACUCCGGCCAGUGCGUGUACAGCGCCAGCAAAGCCGGUUUGGAAGGCUUCACUCGCUCGCUCGCCAAAGAAGUCGCUUCACGCGACAUCAGGGUUAACCUGUUGGCCCCAGGUUUCAUCCACACAGACAUGACGGCGGGGCUGAGGGAGGAGGCCGCGGCACGCUCCGUCCCUCUGGGGAGGUUCGGCGUGCCGGAGGAGAUAGCGCAGGCCGUCCUCUUCCUGCUGGAGUCUCCCUACGUUACUGGACAGGUGCUGGUGGUCGACGGGGGGCUGCAGCUGGCCAUGUAGGGAGCGGCAUCGCUGGUGCAGGUGGAAGGAAAGGCUCUCAGUACUCGAUGUCUUUGUUUAAGCAAGGAGAGACGUCCGCACGCUAUCUUGGAUGGGGCGCUGGUAGAAGACACAAUCCUACAUCUGCCUUCAGAGGACUGUCCUGCUGAGUCAAUGAGCGCAACAACAUUGUCUGUGUGUGUGUGUGUGUGUGUGUGUGUGUGUGUGUGUGUGUGUCUGUGUGUG